GGGGCGGGGCGCUGCACGCGGAUGUGGAGGCUGGCGUGGACGCUGCGGCGCGGUUUGGCGUGGGGUGCGGGCACGGUCAUGGCCGAGGGGCCUUCGGCGGCACGGCGGCCUAAGGAUGUCCCGCGGCACGUGUGGGCCCGCGAGCGGCGGCGCAGCGCGGGCACGGGUCUGUCAGGGCCCAACACCGUGUACGUGCAGGUGGUGGCGGCCGGCAGCCGCGACGCGGGCGCCUCCGUCUACGUCUUCUCCGAGUUCAACCGGUACCUCUUCAACUGCGGCGAGGGGACGCAGAGGGCCAUGCAGGAGCACAAGCUGAAGAUCUCGCACCUGGACAGCAUCUUCCUCAGCAGGGUGGCCUGGGCCAACGUCGGCGGGCUGCCGGGUAUGAUCCUCACAUUAAAGGCUAUGGGGCUUCAAAGGUGUGUCUUCCUGGGGCCACCAAAGCUGCAAAACUACUUGAAAGCUAUUCGUCUCUUUCCUGGGCCCCUAAAAAGAAUGGAUUUAGCUGUGCAGUUGCACACAGAGCCAGAAUACAAGGAUGAGACAAUGACAGUCCACCAAAUACCUCUAGUAGGAAAACCACUAGCUGCUGAAAGUACAUUUCCUCAGAGUCCUGGAUUAUCAGCCCAAGAUGGAAGUAGCUCAGAAAGUGACACAGAGCCUGGAUCCCCAAGAGCUGCGCAGCAAAGCUUGGAUGAGAGCAAGGAAAAAGGAAGCCCAAAGAAAACAGAUGGUGAACAGAAGCAUGCCAACAGGCAUCCUGAUCUGGUGAUGGCAUUCCUUUGUAAAAUUCACCCAAAGAAGGGAAAAUUUUUAGUUCUUAAAGCACAGGAGAUGGGUCUGCCAGUGGGAACACCAGCCAUUCUUCCUAUAAUUACAGCUCUUAAAAAUGGGGAGAGCAUCACUUUUGAAGGCAAGGAGCUUUCGCCUGAAGAACUGUGUGCCCCUGGUGAUCCUGGCCCAGUGUUCAUUGUGUUGGAAUGUCCCCAUGAGGGCUUUGUGGACGCUGUCUGUGAAAAUGAGACCUUCCGAAGGUACCAGGAAGGACUCAAUGAGGAUAAGGUUGCCUUGGUUAUUCACAUGACUCCAGAGUCAGUGCUUCGGGACAGCCGCUACCAGCAGUGGCUGGAAAGAUUUGGACCUGGAACUCAGCACUUGGUGCUCAAUGAGAACUGCUCUGCGGUGCACAAUGCGCGCAGCUACAAGAUCCAAAGCCAGCUGAACCUCAUCCACCCAGAGAUCUUCCCUCUGCUCACCACAUACCAGAUCAAGGAAGAAGAGGCUGUAUGUAGUGUGCCCAUUGUGCGAGGAGAGUGCCUUUUGAAAUACCACUUCAGACCCCACCAGGAGUGGCAGAGAGAUGCUGUGACCGUCUGUGAUCAUGAUACAUUUGUUGCUGAAGCCCUGGAUCUCCCUAACUUCCAGGCUCGUGUGAAGGAGUGCAAAGAGAGCCUGCCUGCUGUACCUGGAAACGGAAAUCCUUAUCCUGAAAUUGUGUUCUUGGGAACAGGGUCUGCAAUUCCAAUGAAAAUCCGAAAUGUCAGUUCUACACUGGUAAAUACUAGCUCUACCCGAUCCCUGCUCUUGGACUGUGGGGAAGGAACGUUUGGACAGCUCUGUCGCCACUAUGGAGAGCAAGUUGACCAAGUGUUGUGUAACAUAGUAGCUGUGUUUGUGUCUCACAUGCAUACGGAUCAUCAUUCGGGCUUGGUGAACAUCCUGAUGGAGAGGCGGAGAGCUUUUGCUUCCCUUGGUCAAGCUUUUAGUCCUCUGUUUCUGGUAGCACCUGAACAGAUCAUGCCUUGGCUACAUGAGUACCACAACAACUGUGAAUCGAUUCUCAGAGACAUCAAAAUGAUUUCUUGCCAGUCCCUUGUGAAAGGCUGUGAGAACAUCAAAUCUAAAACCAAAUGGUUUAUUACUUCUCUAUUAGAGAGCUACGACUUGGCUGAGUUUCAGACUUGUGAAGUCCAGCACUGUAAAAAUGCUUUUGCAUGUUCAGUGAUCCACAAAUCUGGAUGGAAAGUAGUAUAUUCUGGUGACACAAUGCCCUGCAUGGCCUUAGUACGAAUGGGGAAAAAUGCUACUCUGCUGAUCCAUGAAGCAACACUGGAAGAUGGAAUGGAAAAAGAAGCUAUAGAGAAAACACACAGCACAACCUCUCAGGCAAUUGAGAUUGGGAUGAAGAUGAAUGCUGAGUUCAUCAUGCUCAAUCACUUCAGCCAAAGAUAUGCCAAGAUCCCACUGUUCAAUGAAGACUUCAGUGAGAAGGUUGGAAUUGCAUUUGAUCAUAUGAGGGUACGGCUUGGUGACUUUUCAACCAUCCCAAAGCUGAUCCCACCCCUGAAGGCUCUGUUUGCGGAUGACAUAGUAGAGAUGGAGGAGCGGAAGGAAAAACGGGAGCAGCGCCUUCUGAAGGAGGCUGCAGUAGUCCUGGACCAACUGACAGGUGGUGAGAACAAGAAGACGCCAUCCCAGAAAAGGAAACAAGAUAAGAACCAUCAGGAAGUAUCAAACAAGAAACUUAAAAAGCUUAACACAGUAAACUGAAGGAAAAGAGGUAGAGAACGCUCCGUGCUCUAUAAGAGGUGCCCUGUGUUGCACAGGCCUCUGGGGCUGGCAGUGCUGGGGAGCCUGCAGGUACCAUGGGAAGAGGGGCUGGCCUUGGCGGCUGGAUGAGCUUGGUUGUCAGUGGAUCUCUGUGGGCUGAAGCUCCCAAGCAUGCUGUAGGCAGUGCAAGUCCUGUGGUGACAGUAUUUACCCUUGCAGCUCCUGUCCCUGGAUAUCGCCGGUCCAUGUGUCGUUUUUCUUUUAGCCAAGAGUUCUCUCUGAGCUGUUUUUAAUUUUGGUUUUACACUAGAAGCUAUUGGAAAUGCAGCAGCAGUUACAAUCUUGUGAGUUGUAGGAGGUGAAAUCAGGUAAGCCCUCAUAGGGCUGUGGACUCUCCAGAAUUGGGGGGAGUGGGGGAGCUCUCUCUGGUUACCCAAGGGAUGUACCCCGGUGCCAGGACCUAGGCUGUAGGAGGAAAUUUCAAAUAAAAUGGGACCCAAUUAAUUGCUCUUAGAGAUUUAGGUUAAUUUAAGGACCUGAAUGCUGCUGUGUUCCCAUUUUAUUUUGGUUUUCUUGAUUGAUUCCUCCCCUACCCCCAUCAGAACAGUUUUCCAAAACCUUCAUUUACAAUCUGAAUAAACCACUCAACAUCAA